AUGGUCGACGACAUCGAGACUAGCUUCCAGGCCGCCAUCGAUGCUGGCAAAAUCAACGGCGCCGUUAUUUGUGCCAUGGACACCGAGGGUCACUUUGUUUACAACCAGGCUCUUGGCGAGCGUACCUUGCUGUCCGGUGAAAAGCGUCCGCAGCAGCUCGACGACGUAUUGUACCUGGCCUCAGCAACCAAGCUGGUCACCACCAUUGCUGCCCUGCAGUGCGUCGAGGAUGGACUACUUACCCUCACUGGUGACCUCUCGUCCGUCGCACCCGACCUCGCUGCCAAGCAGGUCUUAACCGGCUUCUCCGACGACGGCGCAACCCCUCUGCUUGAGCCGCCCGCCCGCCCCAUCACGCUCGAGAUGUUGCUCACUCAUAGCUCGGGCCUCAGCUACCACUUUUUAACCCCACACAUCGCUCAGUGGCGCGAGAAGUUCGCACCUCCACAAGAAGACAAGCGCCUAUCGGUCGAGGAACUGUUCAGCUACCCGCUCGGCUUCCAGCCCGGCGCCGGCUGGAUGUACGGCGCAGGGCUCGACUGGGCUGGCCGCGUGGUGGAGCGGGUGACGGGGCGCACACUCGGUGAAUACAUGCAGCAGCGCAUCUUCAACCCUCUCGGCAUCACCGACGCCCAAUUCUACCCCGUCACGCGCGAAGACCUGCGCCCCCGCCUCGUCGACCUCAACCCGCAGGAUCCCGAUGCUCUCGGUCGUGCUGUGCUCGGCGGCGGGGGUGACAUGAACAAGCAGGGGCGCGGCGACUUUGGAGGCCACGGCCUAUUCAUGUCGGGCACUAGCUACGUCAAAAUCCUUCACUCGCUGCUGGCCAGCGACGGGAAGCUGCUCCGACCCGCCACCAUAGACCAGAUGUUCCAGCAUCGCCUGACUCCCCAAGCGACAGCGGGGCACCAGGCUGCGGUGGCAUCUCCUAUGGGCGUCUUCUUCCGUGUAGGCGUCGACCUGGAGACAAAAAUGGGCCAUGGCCUGGGUGGCCUGCUCACCCUGCAGGAUGUGGAUGGCUGGUACGGGGAUCGUACGCUGACCUGGGGCGGCGGGUUGACAUUGACCUGGUUCAUCGAUCGCAAGAACGGGCUGUGCGGUGUCGGCGCCGUCCAGGCCACGCUGCCAGUGGACAAUGAUGUUGUGGCCGGCCUGAAGCAGACAUUCCGCCGCGACAUUUACCGCAAGCAUGCUGCGUUCAAGGGGGAGCAGCCGUCAUAUUGA